UCUACUGCGCCGCAUAUUCCGACGCAAAUUUCUUUUCACCCGCUUUUAGUUUGUCCUCAAUCGCACGCGUUUCACUAAAAGUGCGUGUAUAAGCCUUGGCGAAACGUAUUCCUCGACACGAGCAGCAGUAUUUUAUAGAGUCAAAAAUAAUUUGGCCAAUCUUCAAGUCUUUUCGGUGCUCGUUGAAGCUUUGUGGCCUAUUAUAGCCUAGCCUAGCCGCUUACAAAGAGAACGAGGGGUCGUCAUCAGUACUCGUCAUGCAAGCGGACAUAAAGUGGGGAAAAUGUGUGCGAAUAGGACACCAGCUGAAGCCAAGUUCCACGAAGAACUCUGCGGAGCAAUAGAGGAACCUCCACGUCACCAAAGCUCGACCGUUUGCAAAAUAAUUCAAGCUAAAGUUAUUUUUCACAGACUACAAGACGUCGGAGAAGAUUUUUGUCUUAAGCAGCAUGAGCCAAAGUCUCCUUGUAUUAAGGAGGAAGUGGAGGCCCUGCAAAUCAAAGAGGGGGAAUCAAUACGUCCUCACCAACAAAAGACGGAAGAGGAACUUCACAUCAAAAAGGAGGCAAAACAGAUACAGGACAUUAAAAAAGAGGAAGAUGAUAUUGACAACACCAGGUUGACUGGAGUCCCAUUGAAGAGUAAAGAUGAAGGGCCUUGUGAGGCAAGCAGAGGGGCAAGACCUGCAAAUAACAGCUCAAUAGAAGGAUCACCUUUCAUUUGCUCAGUUUGUGGGGAAGCAUUUUCUAAUAAGGUAUACUUAAGAACUCACACAAGAAGGCACACUAGAGAGAAACCUUUUGCGUGCACAGUUUGUGGUAAAAGAUUCUUUGUGAAGCAGACUCUGAGUAUGCACACAAGAACACACACUGGAGAAAAACCUUUUGCAUGCUCAGUUUGUGACCUAAGAUUUGCUCAGAAGUGCAGUUUGAAAAGUCACACCUUAACCCACACUGGAGAGAAGCCUUUCAUCUGCGCAGACUGUGGCCAAAGAUUCACUCAGAAGGGAGCCUUAACGCGUCACAGAAGAAGACAUACUGGUGAAAAACCUUAUGCUUGCACAGUUUGUGGGCAACGAUUUGCAGACAUGGGACACUUGAAAAGACACUCAAGAAUACACACUGGUGAGAAGCCUUUUUCUUGCUCACAUUGUGGUCGAACAUUCACUCAUAGGGGAACUUUAAAAAAACACACAAGAACCCACACUGGUGAAAAACCUUUUGCAUGCUCAAUUUGUGGUCAAACUUUCACUAACAACGAAUCCAUAAAAAUGCACAGAAGAAUCCAUUCUGGCGAGAAAGCGUUUUCCUGCUCAGAUUGUGGGCUAACAUUCACUCUUAAGGGAAACUUGAAAAAACACUCAAGAAUCCACACAGGUGAGAAACCUUUCUCCUGCUCCGAUUGCAGUCAAAGAUUUGCUUGGAAGAGACAAUUAGCAAGACACACCAAAACACACACUGGGAAGAAAUCUUUAUUUUAUUGAGUUUAUGGUCAAAGCUUCUCUUGGAAGUAUCUCAAGUUACGAGAGCUGUGAGAGGGGUGUUUAUUCGAAAAUGAGUGAACAAUGACGGUUUUGCCAAUCCUCCUAGUUGGCCUUAUUGUUUUCAUGCAGGACCAUUGUUAUUCUGUGGACCUCCUACCAUACCUUGCUUCUAUGGUUGGAAGCAUCCUCUGUCUGAGUGUAACGCCAGAGUUGUGAAUUCUAUCAACUUAUCCUUGCUCGCGCUCACUCACGAACACACACACACUCAGGUUAAUUCCACACUACGAUGGAUAGGUGCUCAUAAAAGUCUGUCGUCAAUACAAACCUACAUCUACUCCAAAAUAUGCACGAGGUAGGUAGCCGUCCACGCAGGAAUAAUCAAGUAAAUUCACAAAUCUUUCUUAUAUGUCACGUGGUUGCAAGAAAUAUUAACUGAUGCUAGAUCAUUUUAUCAUGUUGAAUGAACAAAUUUGAAUGUCAACAUAAGUUUAUCCCGAUUGAGCUAAAAUAUUUAUGGCAAACAUUUGAUGUACAAAAUCCUGUCCAGUCAUUAAAUCAUUUUUUUUUUGUAUUGUGUGACCAAGUUUGCUUCCUACAAAUUGUUGGCAGAUAGGAAGUCACGUUAUCCAGCAUCAUCACCUGCAGCUUUUAGAUAUAAACACUGAAUAGAGGCCGAUAACAGGAACAACCAUGUCCUUGCUGCUCCUCUUCCAUGUGCAGGUGCUUUUAAAGAUUACGCAGGACUACAUUUGUUGUACCGAUUGGGGAAAUUUUGGAUGCGUAGUGGCAACAUAUCAAUGUUGGACAGCGGUUUUGCAAUACUUGAACGGCAAUGGACUUCAACAAGAGUGACCUACCAUAUUUUGGGUUUGUUUGUUUUGCACUUCAUUAUUACUGUGGAUCUUUGAAUGAGCCACUAAAUGUACAAUCUUUUAAGUUCUACUGAGAAUUUCAGCACCCAAGUUGAAGCCUCCUUUUCUCAAUUUAAAAAUUAUAUUCAGCCAUUUUUAGACUCAGGUAAUGUUUAUUUUGCACAAGAGAACUUUUGGAUGUCCAAGUAAGCUUUGCUUCGAUUUUCCAAAAGCCUCUGUCCAUUUGUAGAAGAGAUGUCAACAUGUACGCUCCCGUGGAUGCACUCUAAAAGGUACAUAAUGUGUACUGACCAGUUUUGACCCGUAAAUAAGUUUUAUUUAAAUAGGUCAUUUUAAUAUUACUGUUAAUUAUUGUUGAACACAUUCAUUAAAGAUUUUAUUCUGUUAUAAAGCUCUGUGAUGAUUCACUGCUGUGACAAGAGAAAGUCAUAUGAUCUCGCCAAGGGCGUAGGUUUGGUCUCCACAUUGGUACGGACGAUAUAACAGGAUAGCCUGCAUUUCCACCUUUU